ACUAUCGAUGGUAGAAGCGAUUAAGGAACAUACCAAUAUAGAUUUUUCCCAAGUAAACAAUUUAGAAGAAGCCUUAGAAUUUGCCAAAAAACAUAACUUAAAAUUAGAAAAGUUUCAAAAAAGUAUUGGACACGUUAUUUUGGCUUUUUUUGAGGAAUAUGUGGAAAAAAAGUUAAUUCAACCGACUUUUAUUUAUGAUUAUCCCAUUGAAGUUUCUCCAUUAGCCAAAAGUAAAAUUGAUAAUAAAAAUAUUGCUGACAGGUUUGAGUUGUAUAUUGGUGGAUUAGAGUUUGCCAAUGGUUAUAGUGAGUUAAAUGACCCGAUAGAGCAAAAAAGAAGGUUUGAAGAACAAACUAAACAAAAAGAAUUGGGCAAUGAAGAGAUUGCCAGUUUUGAUAAGGAAUUUUUAGAAGCCUUGGAAUAUGGUAUGCCACCAGCGGGGGGAUUAGGGAUUGGCAUAGAUAGAUUAAUAAUGUUAUUUACCGGUCAAAAUAGUAUUAAGGAGUGGCUAAAAGAUGUAAAGAAGUUGAUUGAGUGUGAGGAUGUUGAAGAAAUUCACUUUAUUGGUAGCAUUAUUUACAAAAAAAACCCUGAAACUAAUCCCUCUUUUCCUGAAUAUCUAAUUAUUGAUGAAAACAUUAAUCAACUUCUUUUUAUCUCUGACAGUCGCAAACCUCAACCUCGACUUACUAUGAGGGGAGAAGAUGAAAAAACUUUGGGAACCAUUUUAAGCCACAGAAAUCUAGAAGAUAAUAAAGAAAGAAUUUCCGAAGCCUAUGAGUAUUUCAAAAAGGAACUGGGAGGAAGUAGCAUGACCGGAAUUCAUCUAAAAGACUACUUUGAAAAAAUCAAGAGCAAAUUUAAUUUUAUAUCAAUAAAGUUAGAAAAAGAUGACGAUGCUUUAGAAAUAUUUAAAUCAAUUAACACUUCGGGCGUGAUGUUAACUUCAACUGACUUAAUAAAAGCAGAAUUUUUUAUUAUUUAUGAAGAGAAAGGUUUAGAUUGUAGAAAAUUAGCCCAGGAAUGA